AGCUAUAAGCUAAUUGUAUGCAACAGAUGUACAGUAGACAGUAGUCUGUUAUAUGUACUACAUUCAACAAAAUUGUGUAUAGUGAAGGUUUAGAACAAUUUAAAUUAUGAAGUUCAGCAUUGAAUCUACAACUUCUUACAAUAGUGUCCAUCCUGCUUACCAUUAUAAUGAACAAUUUGCUAAUAACAUUGAAACAUACCAGGAAGGUACAAAAUGGCUUGGUGUCCUUUUAGCAUUCCUAUCUGGUACAUUUUUUACAAUCAGUUCUGCUCUAGUAAAAGCAGUCCGUAACGUUGAUCCAAUGUUAUUGCUAAUAAUUAGAGCAAUUCUGCAAAUAUUAGCAAUGAUUAUUGUUGCAAUUAAAACAUCUAAGAAUUUUCUAGGACCUAAAGGUCAACAGAUGCUUAUACAUCUUCAGGGUUUUGUAGGUGGUAUGACUUUAUUAUUAUUAUACUACAGCUUUAGAAGAUUACCAUUGGGCGAUGCUACAACAAUUAUAUUUAGUUCUCCGAUUAUUGUUAUUGCACUUUCUUUCCUAUUGCUGAAAGAACCAUGUGGUUUGUUGCGCAUAGUAGUUGCCUGUGUGCUUUUUACAGGUGUUAUACUUGUAGCCAGGCCACCGUUAUUAUUUCAGAUACGUAAAGCAGAAACAUAUGAUGUUAUGGGGUAUAUAUGUGCACUGACAGCAACUCUAUUCACAGCCUUAAAUAUUGUGAUAAUGAGAAAAUGUCUGGAAAUACACUAUUCAAUAAUUGUUCUAAAUUUAUCUGCAUGGUCACUCAUAGCAGCAACAUUUUUCUUCUUCAUUAUUCCUGAAAAUCAUGAAUACAAGUUGAUUCUACCAAAUGACUGGUUUUCGUGGAGCAAAAUACUUUCUUUAUCAAUAACUGGACUUUGUGGACAAGUUCUAGUGACAAAAGCCUUAAAAAUUGAAGGAGCAGGAAAAGUAUCUAUUACCAGAUCAUUAGAUAUUAUUUUAGCAUAUAUUAUACAAAUAUAUGUUUUUGAGGAAGAACCAUCACCCACAAGUAUCAUUGGAGCAGUAUUAAUUAUCCUUUCUGUCAUAUGUAUGGGUUUUGAGAAAGAAAUUUAUGGUAUUUGUGACUUUAUUCCCUAAAUAAACAUACAGUUUAUUAAA